ACGAAGUAGAGAACACGUGCUUCGAUUUUCAUAAUGGUUUUUAAAACAUGUUUUACAUCUAUUUAGCAGUUUUUAGUGAAUUUAUAUAGGAUAAACAAUGUUUGGCGUUAAAUAAUGAAUAUAUUAAGAAUGACUUCUUCAAAUAAAUUACCGAUUGUGGUGGUAAUAGGAGCCACGGGAUGUGGUAAAUCGAAAUUAGCUAUCGAACUGGCCAAAAUUUUCAAUGGGGAAGUAAUUAGUGCUGAUUCUAUGCAGGUGUAUAAAGGAUUAGAUAUUAUCACUAAUAAAGCUACGAAGGAAGAACAACAAGGAAUUCCUCAUCAUUUAUUAGAUUUUGUUAAUCCUUUCAAAAGAUUUAUGAUUACAGAUUUUUCAAACCUUGCUCUGCCUUUAAUUGAUAACAUAAUACAGAGGAAAAAAUUGCCCAUUAUAGUUGGUGGAACAAACUACUAUAUAGAAUCAUUACUGUGGAAAGUUUUAGUACCAAAAGAAUUGGUGGAUAAUUCGUUUUGUGGGAGCAGUCAAGAAGAGAACAUUAAUAUAAAUUCCAAUAGUACCUUUGAAAAAAAUAAUUCAAAUUCAUUCAAUAAUAAUCUUCCAGAAGAUAAGAUUUCUGACAUUCAAAAUGUUAAAAAAAUCUUUCAAGUGCCUAUAGAUUUUGAUACCUUGGACAAUAUUUCAAGUCAAGAGCUUCAUGAUAUGUUAAGGAUAAUAGAUCCCAAAAUGGCAAAUACACUUCAUCCCAACGAUAGAAGGAAAAUCAUAAGAAGUCUUCAAAUUUACCAACAGCAGGGUGUCACCCACAGCCAACUUUUAGAAGAACAGAAAACCGAAAGCGGAAGUAGCUGUUAUGGGGGACCACUGAGAUUUAAGAAUACUUGCAUUUUAUUUAUACAGUGCAAACAGAAUGUUUUGAACGAGCGCCUGGAUUCCCGUGUGGAUGACAUGAUUAAAAUGGGACUGAUCGAGGAAAUUCAGGGUUUUUACAAAGACUACAGAAAUUAUACUACAUCCAAUAACAUUCUGCCGGAUUACACUUACGGCAUCUUCCAGUCAAUAGGAUUUAAAGAAUUCCACAAGUAUCUAAUGCUUCCUGAUGAUGAGAAAGAAACAGAAGCUGGAAAGAAAUUAUUUGCAGAAGGUUUGUUUAUGAUGAAGUUGGUUACAAAACGCUAUUCGAGGAAACAACUCAAAUGGAUAAGAAACAGGUUUUUGAAACAAGAGCGUAAUGCUCCUCCAGUUUAUGGUUUGGAUGCCACCAACUUAAGUCUGUGGAAAGAGAAAGUCUUAGAUCCAGCUACCAUUGUCGUCAAUGCACUCCUUAAAAUCGUUCUUCGAAUGAGUGAGUGUGGAAUCAGUUUUAACUUGAUGAACAUAGACCUCCCAUUGAACCUUUACCAAUCAUACAGACACAAGCAAACAUUAAGCAGUUAUUUUUUUGUGACUUGUGUCAGAAGAGUGUCGUCGGUACAAUGGUUUGGGAAAAGCAUCUGAAGUCACGAAAGCAUGCAAAAAUGAAGAAGAGAGUGGCCAUGGAACAACAGAAAUGACCAAAAACUUCAUCUAUAUACUUUACUAAAAAUAUUUUGAACAUUACUCAAAACAAAACAAUUAUAAUGUUAUAAAAUCCAGAAUGGACCAUAUUCUGAAAAAUUAAUUUCCAUUUGGUUCUUUUAGUGUAGAAUCCAAUGAAAAAGUCUUUGAUUAUAUAAUUUAUUCCCCGAUGCCAAAAUAUCACCAUUACCUCAAGACAUAAUCAAAGGCUGCUUUUAUUUUUGGAUCUAUUUUUAAUUCAACAAAAUGUUUUGUGGAGUGAAAAGGUGUUAAUAAUAAUACAAAUUAAACCAGUUAUUAUUAUUGUCUUAAUUUAAAGUUUUGCAUUCUAAAAAAAAUAAAUACAUUAUAUGCAGUGUUUUGGCACAUUACCCAUUUGAGUGCUUACAAAAAA